AUGGCCCAGACUAAAGCUAUCGGUAUCGACUUGGGUACCACCUACUCCUGUGUUGCCGUAUGGCAGAACGACCGUGUCGAGAUCAUCGCCAACGACCAGGGUAACAGAACAACACCAUCAUAUGUUGCCUUCAAUGACUCUGAGCGUCUGAUUGGUGAUGCCGCCAAGAACCAGGUCGCCAUGAACCCCUACAACACUGUCUUUGACGCCAAGCGUCUGAUUGGCCGCAAGUUUGCCGACUCGGAAGUGCAGGCCGACAUGAAGCACUGGCCGUACAAGAUCAUCGACAAGGCUGGCAAGCCCGUCAUCCAGGUCGAGUACAGGGGCGAGGAGAAGACUUUCACUCCCGAAGAAAUCUCUUCAAUGGUUCUCAUCAAGAUGAAGGAGGUCGCCGAGGCUUACCUCGGUGGCAACGUGACCAAGGCUGUCGUCACCGUCCCCGCCUACUUUAACGACUCUCAACGUCAGGCCACCAAGGACGCCGGUACCAUUGCCGGUCUUGAUGUCCUCCGUAUCAUCAACGAGCCCACCGCCGCUGCCAUCGCCUACGGUCUCGACAAGAAGUCUGAGGGUGAGAAGAACGUUCUCAUCUUCGACUUGGGUGGUGGUACUUUCGAUGUCUCUCUCCUUACCAUCGAGGAGGGUAUCUUUGAGGUCAAGGCUACUGCUGGUGACACUCACUUGGGUGGUGAAGACUUUGACAACCGUCUCGUCAACCACUUUGUCCAGGAGUUCAAGAGGAAGAACAAGAAGGACCUUUCCUCCAACGCCCGUGCCCUCCGACGUCUCCGAACCGCCUGUGAGCGUGCCAAGAGGACCCUCUCUUCUGCCGCCCAGACCACCAUCGAGAUCGACUCUCUCUUUGACGGUAUCGACUUCUACACUUCCAUCACCCGUGCCCGAUUCGAAGAGCUUUGUCAGGACCUCUUCCGAUCUACUAUGGACCCCGUCGAGAAGGUCCUCCGAGACUCGAAGAUUGACAAGUCCAACGUCAACGAGAUCGUCCUCGUCGGUGGUUCCACCCGUAUCCCCAAGAUCCAGAAGCUCGUCUCCGACAUGUUCUCUGGCCGUGAGCCCAACAGGUCCAUCAACCCCGAUGAGGCCGUCGCCUACGGUGCCGCCGUCCAGGCCGCUAUCCUUACCGGUGACACCUCCGAGGCUACCCAGGACUUGCUCUUGCUCGAUGUUGCCCCUCUCUCCAUGGGUAUCGAGACCGCUGGUGGUAUCAUGACUCCUUUGAUCAAGCGAAACACCACUGUCCCCACCAAGAAGUCCGAGACCUUCUCUACCUACUCUGACAACCAGCCCGGUGUUUUGAUCCAGGUCUUUGAGGGUGAGCGUGCCAAGACGAAGGACUGCAACUUGCUCGGAAAGUUCGAGCUCUCUGGUAUCCCCCCUGCUCCUCGAGGUGUUCCUCAGAUCGAGGUCUCCUUCGACGUUGACGCCAACGGUAUCUUGAACGUCAACGCUGCCGACAAGUCUACCGGUAAGAGCAACAAGAUUACCAUCACCAACGACAAGGGUCGAUUGUCCAAGGAGGACAUUGAGGCUAUGCUUGCCGACGCCGAAAAGUUCAAGGCUGAAGACGAGGCCGCCGCCGCCACUGUCCAGGCCAAGAACGGUCUCGAGUCCUACUCUUACUCUCUCAAGACCACCUUGUCCGACAACGCCGACAAGUUUGACGCCGAGGACCACAAGACCCUCACCGCCAAGGUCGACGAGGUCAUCAGCAACCUCGACACCAUGCAGUCUGCCUCCAAGGAGGAAUUCGAGUCUUUGCAAAAGGAGCUCGAGGCUGUUGCCAACCCCAUCAUGACCAAGUUCUACGGUGCUCAGGGUGGUGCGCCCGGUGGCGCUCCCGGAGGUGCUCCCGGUGGCUUCCCCGGCGCUGGCGGUGCCGGUGACUCUCACGAGGACGGUCCCUCUGUCGAGGAGGUCGACUAA